CAUGCAAGUAGAAGAAUGUCAAAAUAGUAUUCUAUUUUUCUUUAAGAAGGAACAAUCUUUUCGUUUUAAGGUUCGCGAAUUUUGAUAUUCUACAUUUGCAACGUACAUCAAAUACUUAUGUGAAUUAACCACAGAUUUGUGUGCAGUGCGGUUAUAGUGAAGCGUCAUUAUGGGAAAAUUUAUGAUAGAUUGUUUUCACGUGAAAUUCGAAUGCAUCAAACUAGUUUACGCUAAUUUCUCACCGUUCACAUGAAAAACCUUUCCUGAAAUGAAUUCAAAAAGCGGAAACAUACCAUCUGCAUCACGUAAUUCAGCGUACAAUGCUGCAGCUUUAGAGAAAAUAAAAAAUGACUUGAAAUCGUACGAAGCUGGUCACGGAAUUUCUCAGAGUCCUACGAUUUCAAAGUCAAUUCGAAAAACAAGCAUUGAAAGAGAGAUAACGCAAUCUUCCCUGCAAUUACAACGAAGCAGCCCAGCGUUAGAUUCCGGAGCUGGUAGUUCUCGGUCAAAUAGUCCCCAUUCUCAACAGCAACAUGGAUCCGGACGAGCGCAAUUUUCGCCUUCGCCAUGUCCUUCUAAUUUAAGUGAUGUUCCACCCAAGCCACCCCCGAGAUGCUCUUCUACUCCGUCAACACCUCCUCCUCUACAGCAAUUUCUUAAGCGAAUGUCUCCUGCAUCAGUACCUAGCUCCCGAAAUGGACAAUUUCAAUCUCAAAGUCCUGCGCGUGGUACUUCACCUAUAUUGAGUAAUAACAACUUAAGACAACCUAUUGUAGUUCAAAAUGGUCCACAAGUUCAACAACAACUGAGUCAACAGAUGUCAGCAUUCUAUAACAAUAGCACAACGGAACCACCUCCACCAUAUCCUAUAUCACCUAUCAAUCAAGUUGCUCCUCCCAGUUAUAUGUUAUCUAUGCAAUGUCGACAAAGUCCUACACAAACAUCGCAAGAUUUUCGCAAAAGUCCUAGUUCUGGGAUCUAUUCCAGUGCGUCUGCAGGAUCGUCAUCGCCUGUAACUGUGUCGCAAAACGUGGUACUCAGCAAUUCAACAGCGAAACCAAUAGCAUUACCACCGGCAAGAAGUGCUCGUCAAACAAACACCCAACAUCCUAUCAUAAUGCAUUCGGUGAAAUCAACACAGGUUCAAAAACCAAUUCUCCAAAAUGCGGUAGCUCCGACCUCACCCGCAACAGGUACCUCUUCAACUUCGACAUCAUCCAGUUUAACACCUCCUCCACCACCACCGCCCUAUGGAAAGUCCUUGCAACACAAACACAUGAAUAAGCCCCAAGAUAAUGUUUCCGUAAGUCAGGUCGUCUCACCCGAAAAUAGACAUAGUAAAACAAUAAACGGGAGACCAAGUGUUCUUGUGACAAGCACUUCCGAUAUUAAGGAUUCACCAACAACUGGAAAUAGCGUUGAACCACCCUCUUAUGAUACGACUAUGAUAUUGAAACAAAUACAACCCCAAGAAAAUAGCUUGCAACUCCCUCCACCUUAUAAAGAAGGUUGCAUUAUCUUUAGUGCCAGCAAUAGUAAUGAUAAUAGAAACUCUCCUGAUACUGAAACCGGUAGUAAUGUUGUACAUAGCACUAGUAAUAAUAACCUCAACAUCUUCAACCAUACUAAUAAUAAUAGUCAAUCUUCUAGCACUUUACAGAGUAAUAAUAAUACUAUUAUUAGCAAUAAUAACAAAAUUAACUCUGGUGAUACAGUCGAAUGUGAUGGUAAAAAUAUGAUCGAUAGAAUUAACUAUGCUACAACGCAUUGUUCUAAACAUUAUGAAUCAUGUACGAUAGGUACCGCAAAGAAUGCUAUCCAUAGUAGCAAUUCAGACCAAACUACCAAUCUAUCGCAAAACUUAACUUUAACGGGACGACGUAACAAUCAGCAACUUCGUUUCGAAGCAGGAAUCAAGGACAAUGAUGGUAUAAAAGGCUACCGAUCACAUGGAAAGCUAAAAUUUGCAUCCAAUACCAAUGUUGAUGAUAGUGAAAAUUCAAUAAUGAAAAACAAUCAAAUUCAUGGAGAUUCGCAAAAAAAAAUUAAACAUCAAUCACCAAUUCCAGAACGCAAAAAUAUAUCCAAGGAAAAGGAAGCGGAGCGCUUUGAAUGUAAAGUACGUCACUAUUCACCACAAGCGUACAAAUUUUUUAUGGAACAGCACAUUGAAAAUGUUUUAAAAUCGUAUACACAAAGAAAUUUCCGCAUUAAGCAAUUGGAAAGUGAAAUGUCUAAACUGGAUCUCCCAGAAGAAACAAAGAUUGAAAUGCGUAAACUUCUCUGUCAGAAAGAAAGUAACUACAUUCGUCUUAAACGGGCCAAAAUGGAUAAAUCCAUGUUUGCGCGUAUUAAGACUAUUGGAGUGGGAGCAUUUGGAGAAGUGACGUUAGUGAAAAAAAUUGAUACACCUAAUCAUUUGUAUGCGAUGAAAACACUUCGAAAAGCGGAUGUGCUAAAACGAAACCAAGUAGCACAUGUAAAAGCUGAACGAGACAUCCUGGCCGAAGCAGAUAACGAAUGGGUGGUGAAACUGUAUUACAGUUUUCAAGAUAAAGAAAAUCUUUAUUUUGUUAUGGAUUAUAUUCCCGGAGGUGACCUGAUGUCGCUAUUGAUCAAAAAAGGAAUUUUUGAAGAGGACUUGGCCAGGUUUUAUGUUGCCGAAUUAACAUGUGCUAUUGAAAGUGUUCAUAAAAUGGGAUUUAUCCACAGGGAUAUCAAACCCGACAAUGUAUUGAUUGACAGAAAAGGCCAUAUAAAACUAACAGAUUUUGGUUUGUGUACAGGAUUCCGUUGGACGCACGAUUCGAAAUACUAUCAGAAACAAGGAGACCAUGUGAGACAAGAUUCAAUGGAAGCAUGGAGUAAGGCUGGCACAGAAAUUCCACCGCCUUUGGAAAGGUAUUACUUGAAUCUUGUGAAGCAAAAUAAUACUUUUAUUUUUCUGAUUAGGAGGAAGUUUAGAGAAAAAAAUCGAGCUAAAGCACACUCUAUUGUUGGUACACCUAACUAUAUCGCUCCAGAAGUACUAUUGAGGAGUGGUUACACGCAACUCUGUGAUUGGUGGAGUGUCGGUGUAAUUUUGUAUGAGAUGUUGGUAGGACAACCACCGUUUUUAGCCAACACAGCUGAAGAAACUCAAAUUAAGGUAAUCAACUGGCGGAAGACUUUGAAAAUUCCAAAAGAAGCUCAACUAUCAACGGAAUCACAAGAUAUAAUUCUUCGACUAUGUACCAAUGAAGAUGAACGCAUAGGCAGAAACGUAGAGGAAAUCAAGUCUCACACAUUUUUUCGAAGCAUCGACUUUACAAAGGAUUUACGCAACCAGACUGCGCCUUAUGAACCAAAAAUUAAGUAUCCUACUGACACUUCUAACUUCGACCCUAUUGAUCCUGUGAAGUUGCAUGAAUCAUCAUGUGAAGAGGAUGGUCACAGUUUUGACGAACUUUUAGAUAGCAACAAACCGUUUCAUCAUGGAUUCUUUGAGUUUACUUUUCGGAGGUUUUUCGACGAUGAAGGCGAUCACAAAAUUUCUCUUGAUGCUAAUGACAGUCAGACUGAGGCCAUAUAUGUAUGAGGAAAGCAGCUAUUAAUGUGGCCAACAUUACUAGCAUUAGAAUUUACUGCAUGGUUGGAUUAUAACGUUAUUCAACUCAUGAAAUCAUCAAUUCAAUGCCUUUCAUCCCUUAUAGUUUUGUGAUAUUGACACCCGAACGAAAGGAAAUAAUAAAAUAAUAUAUAAAGAUGUGUUAUAGUGGUUGUA